AAUUAUUAACUGCUGGAUCAUUUAGAGAAUAUCAACGAUGAAGUACUUUGUGAUCUGUGUUUUGGCUGCAAUCGUUCUUUUCCAGUCCGCAUCGGGAUUCAAGCGGCGAGUGAUCUAUGUGGUACCAGCACCCACAACGAGUACAACGACCACAACAACAACAACAACGGCGGCACCAUCGAGCUCCGCCACGACGACCACCAACGCUCCUGAGGUGGUUUACCAGGUGGUCUACUGUUCCUGGAAGAACAACUGGUGUCGUCCCGUCUCGAACACCGUGAGAAAUUGCAAGUGGGGCUUCUGCAAGUUCAAUGGAUAAAAGUCAAUAAAAACAAGCUUUGAUAAUGUUUAGCAC